GGAAAGGCUACUUGUUUGUCUAAGCAGGUGUGUGAUUAAGGUUGAGGCUUUGAAUUCCCGUCAAAUGAUAAUCGGAGCAGGUGCACACCUCUCGUGAGAAAUGCCAAUCAGUGCAGAUGCAGGCAGGGCUGGAGUUGGGAAGACCAGGGGCGAUAUAAAAGAUGGAUCGCUGUGGUUCUCGCUUCACAUCAGCCGAGACACAUUUCAGACUUCACUUUUCUUUUAAACUCCCCCCAAACGGUGACUUACAGGUAGGCCUAGGUGCUUUAAUUUGCCGCUGUGUCAUUUCACAUGAACUGUGCAAAUGAAAAACUUUUGAAACACUAUUUAGACAGUCAACAAUAUAUCCUGGUUGGUACAACAGGCGACCUUUUAGUGCAUUAGGAGAUAGGUUGACCGUAAAAUAUCGCUAAUAGUUGAAUAACUGCCGAAUACUCAGCAUGCAGCAAAAAUCAGAGUGCGCUUUCGUUGUGGUGAAAUCUUUAGCCAUGCUGUGUAAAGCUGAGUGCAUCUGCUGGUGACUGGUGAGUCCGGUCUCACACCAGCCUUAUCCUCUGGAUCUCGGAGUAACUGAGAACCUCUGCUAACUAUCCUCACUGUAAUUCCACCUUCUCACAGGCGCGGACCUCAGAAGAUGACUUUCUACGAUGGCAUUUACCCAUUCUACCCGCUACAAAGGACCUCUUUCAUCUUCAGCGGCAGCUUGCUGACGGUCAUCCUGGUCUUCUUAGUCCUUUCGGCGUCUUUCCUUCUCAUUCUUCCAGGAAUCCGCGGAAAAUCGAGGUUUUUCUGGUUGCUGCGGAUAAUCAUAAGUCUCUUCAUUGGAGUCGUAAUAGUCGCGCUGAACUUCACGGCUGACUGGGCGCAAGCCAGCCUGAAAGCGAACACCACCUACAAGUCUUUCAGCAGCGCGGUGGUUAACGCCGACGUGGGUCUUCAUGUAGGCUUGUACGGCAUCAACAUUACACUUAAAGGAAACCCGGUGAAUCAGCUCAACGAGACCAUAGACUACAAUGAAGUGUUUCGCUGGACAGGUCAGCUGGACGAGCAGUAUGAGGAGGCGCUGGAGAGAGGUCUUCCCAACCCGAUUCUCUACAUCGCAGAGAAGUUCACCCGCAACAGCGCCUGUGGUCUCAUCUACCAGUACAGAUACUCAGGGCGCUAUGCGUCAGCCACUUUAUGGACGGCUUUCUGCUGCUGGCUGACUGCCAACAUUCUCUUCUCCAUGCCCGUCAUUCUCUACGCUGGUUACAUGAUGCUCGCCACGGCAGCCUUCAUCUUCUUCUCCAUGGCGUCCUUCUCCACCAUAUUCAACCUGCCCCAGUGCACCUUCACCAUUGGCGACGCAGCAUUUGAGACCUCCUACAGCCAUUCCUUCUGGCUAGCAUUAGCCACAGGUGUGUUGUGUGUGCUGAUCGGGGCUCUGGUGGUGCUGCUGGACCUGCUCGUGCCUGAGAGGAUUAGAGAGGUUUUCAGCGUGGGGGGGGACGAUGACGAUGACGACGACCACAACUUACCUCACGGAUACUUCAACUCCAACUUCCUGGAGGGAGUCACCAUCGAAGGGGCCCCAAGGAAAGGCGUGCCCAUGGAGCCUCUGACCGUCACACACUUAGUGGUAAGAGUCUGACGCUUCUUAUGAAACUGGUGUAACAGAUACUUUUUUGGGGAUACUUAAAGAAACAGUAUUACAUGUUUGAAAUAAGACCAGUAUUAUCAGUCCAUUUACAGGGCAAGGCUUUAAUGAAACACAACAUUCAUUAUGCUCUUUUCUUUUUUUAUUCACGCCAUUCUUUCAGGAGAGACUCUGACAGCAUCUGUUCCUUCCUCCAUGGCCAUCUUUCCUUCUACUUGAUCAGACUUGUCAAGUCCUGCAGUAUAAACUACAGAGUGUUUCUGCCGUGACCAAGCUGUCAAUCACCCGUGCCUGUGUGCUGAGCCUGAUGUAAAUAUAAGCAUGUAUAAAGAAUGUAAAUACUGUACGUAUUUUGUAGAGAUAAUAAAAUAGAGAAUCUAAA